AUGGACGAAAUCGAUGAAUAUGAAAUAAGAAAUAAAAAUAUAUUUCAUUUCCCUGUUAAGGAUCAAGAAGAAUUAAACAAUGCUUUAUUUUAUAUGCACUCUCUCUACGAGUAUGUUUUUAGUGGUCAUAUAGGCGCUCCAGUACAUGAAAAGUUAAAAAAUGGUGCCAGAGUACUGGAAUUUGGUUGUGGGACUGGAACUUGGGUUACUGAAGUUGCUACCGAAUAUCCAAAUACAGAAUUUUAUGUGGUCGAUUUUAAUAUAUCAGCCUCUAAUGCUGAUAAUGAUAAUAUUAAAUUUAUUAAAUGUGAUAUUCUUAAAAAGCUACCUUUUCCCGACAAUGAAUUUGAUUAUAUUUUUUCAAGAGAUCAAUAUAAUUUCUAUGGAAAAAAUACUUUUUAUGAAUAUUUAUCAGAAAUCUUUAGAUUAUUAAAACCGGGAGGUUGGUUAGAGGUUGAAUAUAUUCUUAAUUAUCACACUGUUAAUGGACCUAUCAUUACAAGGAUGGUUAACGCAU